AUGACUUCAAAGUACCUUGCCGCGCACGACAAUCCUAACGGCCCCGGCGAUGCGCGCCCUACUGCUUCUCAAAUUAUUACUGACUAUGAUUUGGAAGGGAAAUUGACCGGAAAGGUUGUCCUUAUCACUGGCUGCUCGUCAGGAGUAGGGGUUGAGACGGCACGUGCAAUCCACCGUACAGGUGCAACUAUCUAUGCGACUGCUCGUGACGUCGACAAGGCUAAGGGGGCACUGCAUGAUUUGGUAGACGGUCCCCGUCUUCAUUUCCUGCAGCUUGACUUGAGCUCUCUAGACUCGGUGCGUACCUGCGCAGAGAGCUUCAAGUCCAAGAGCACCCAGUUGGACAUCCUCAUCGAAAAUGCCGGCGUCAUGGCGAGUCCUGAAGGCCGCACUGCGGAUGGAUUCGAGACACAGUUCGGCACCAAUCAUCUAGGUCAUUUCCUCCUCUUCUACCUUCUCAAGGAUACCUUACUUCGCUCAUCGACACCCAAUUUCAACUCCCGGGCUAUCAUUCUUUCAUCCUGUGCCCACCAGGCUAGUUCGGUUCAUUUCGACAAUCUUAAUCUCGAGGGUGAAUACGAGCCAUGGAAGGCGUACGGCCAGAGCAAGACGGCCAACCUGUGGACGGCACGGGAAAUUGAGAAACGAUUCGGGGCCCAUGGCCUGCAUGCGUGGGCUGUCCACCCUGGCAGCAUCCCCACUGAGCUGCAACGCCAUGUUUCCGAGGAGGUCAAGCAAGGUUGGGCGGCUGAUCCAGAACUGGCCAAGGCUUGGAAGAAUAUUGAGCAGGGAGCUGCAACAACCGUUCUCGCGGCUGUUGCCCCUGAACUUGAGGGCAAGGGUGGCUUGUAUUUAGAGGAUACCCAGGUAGCUAAGCCUCCAGGUACAGGCCGCGCAGGUUAUGCCGACUGGGCUUACAAUGAAGAGGGACCGGGCAAAUUAUGGGAAAAGAGUAUCAAGAUCUUGAAGCUAGAAGGUUAG